CUGCAAGAAACAGAAAUGUUGAAACAAUCAUUAGUUCUAAAAGGAUGUCCACCAAGAUGGAAGAGGUUUGCUCGCAGCUGUUACUUCAUCUCCACUCAGAAGGGGACUUGGAAGAACAGCAGACGGGACUGUCAGGGUAGAGGAGCCGACCUGGCCGUCAUCACCAGCCCUGAGGAGCAGGCCUUCAUGAAAUCCCUGAACUACGGAGCCUGGCUCGGCCUGACAAGCGCGGACGCCGAGGGGGCCUGGAUGUGGGUGGACGGUACCACACUGACCACUGGGUACUGGAACCAAGGGGAACCAAGCAACGCGGGAGGAACCGAGGAUUGUGUUCACUUGUACCUUGUUGAUGGCAGCCCGCUGAGGGCUUGGAAUGAUGCGCCAUGUUACCGCGACAACCACUGGAUCUGUGAAAAGCCGCUGGGUUAA